GCUAACAGCGGUAGUCAUUCACUCGCAUUCCAUCAACCGUACUCUAGACAUUAGCGGUACGUGUUACAAGUUACAAGGUCGACUAGCAAAGUGUCAAGAGCAAUGACGGAACGUAGCAGGGCCUUUACAUUUUCCCUCCUGGUGCUCUUCCUCGGCCUCGCCGUAUCCAGCCCGCCGCCGGAGCCGGUGGAGUGCGCCCGCGGCACGUCCGACUGCACCGUCACCAACGUGUACGGCUCCUUCCCGGACCGCACCAUCUGCCGCGCGGCCAACGCCACGUUCCCCCGCACCGAGAAGGAGCUCGUGGCCGCCGUGGCUGCCGCCGCCGCGUCCAAACGCAAGGUUAAGGUGGCCACCAGGCACUCCCACAGCUUCACCAAGCUGGCCUGCCCCGGGGGCCGCGACGGCACGAUCAUCAGCACGGAGCGGCUCAACAAGACGGUGAGCGUCGACGCUGCCAAGGGGCUGAUGACGGUGGAGAGCGGCAUGGUGCUCAAGGACCUGAUCCAGGCGGCCGCCGCGGCGGGGCUCGCGCUGCCGCACUCGCCCUACUGGUACGGACUCACCAUCGGGGGCCUCCUCGCAACGGGUGCCCACGGCAGCUCGCUGCGGGGCAAGGGCAGCGCCGUGCAUGAGUACGUAGUAGGGAUGAGGAUCGUAACGCCUGCACCGGCCAGCCAGGGAUUUGCCGUGGUCAGGGAGCUCAGCAUCGGGGACCCUGACCUCGACGCGGUCAAGGUCUCCCUCGGCGUCCUCGGCGUCGUGUCCCAGGUUACGCUAGCCUUGCAGCCGAUGUUCAAGCGGUCGGUGACGUUUGAGAAGCGCGACGACACAGACUUCGCGUCGCAGGCGGCCAUGUGGGGCGGGCUGUACGAGUUCGGUGACAUGGCGUGGCUCCCGCGACAAGGCAAGGUGAUCUACCGCAAGGACGAUCGCGUACCCGUCUCCACCAAGGGCAACGGCCUCAACGACUAUCUCGGCUUUCGCUCCAACCCGACGCUCGCGCUCAUCACCGCCAGAGCCACGGAGGAGCACCUGCAGAAGGACGGCAGCAACAUCGCCAGGUGUCUUGCGGCGCGGGCGCCAUCCGUGCUUUUCGAGCUGCAGGCCUACGGCUUCACCAACGACGGCUCAUUCUUCACGGGGUGGCCCGUGGUGGGGUUCCAGAACCGCAUCCAGGCAUCCGGGACCUGCAUCAGCAGCCCGGAGGACGGGCUCCUAUCCUCCUGCACGUGGGACCCGCGCAUCCGGAGCCCCUUCUUCUACAACUCCGGCUUCAGCGUGGCGCUCUCCAAGGCGCCGGCCUUCAUCGCUGAGAUGCAGAAGCUCCGCGACCUCAAGCCGCGCGCCUUCUGCGGCCUCGACGCCAAGCUCGGCGUGCUCCUCCGCUACGUCAGAGCCUCUUCCGCUUACCUCGGGAAAUCCGAGGACUCGAUCGACUUCGACGUCACCUACUACCGGAGCUACACUGAAGGUGAGCCGCGCGCGGAUUCCGACGUGGUCGACGAGAUCGAGCAGCUGGCGCUGCGCAAGUAUGGCGCCGUCCCACACUGGGGCAAGAACCGUAACUUUGUCUUCGACGGCGUCAUAGCCAAGUACCCCAAGGCUGCUGAGUUCCUCAAGGUGAAGGCCAGGUACGAUCCCGACGGGAUCUUCUCCAGCGAGUGGAGCGACCAGGUGCUCGGCGUCAAAGGGAGCCCCAACAUCGUCCAGAAGGGAUGCGCCAUUGAAGGGCUCUGCGUCUGCUCCGAGGACUCGCACUGCGCGCCGGAGAAGGGCUACUUCUGCCGGCCGGGGACGGUGUUUCCGGAGGCGAGAGUAUGCUCGACCCGAGCCAGUUUCGGCGACGAAAGCGACGACCUUCUGGAGGAACAGUGAUUCGAGGUGCAUGCAUGCAUGCAUGCGCCGGGUCAAGCGGCAGCGCAUCUAAGUUUAGAUUGCGAUGCUGACUUUAAUGUUGCUUGUACGUGGCGUGUUUAAUUUCUUCCAGAGAUUGGAGUAUCGAUCUCUACUGGUAGUAAGUUUGUUUGAUUGAUCCGAGCUACUUUAUGUUAUCUUAUUAUGGUUUGGUUAUUGUUCUGAUUGGAAGCAAUUGAAAUUCAAACUAAACGCCAUGUUUACUUAAUCA